GUCACAUUCCACUGUGGGAAGACCACAGGAACGAGGCUGGUGAAGAGAAAGGUGAAACCAGAAGGGAUGAAUAAGAGAUACGAGUGUGAGCGCAGGAGGAGAAGGAGAACACUGUGAAAGUAAACAAAAACAAACCAAUGAGGAGAUCAUGGGGUUUCAACACUACUGGCUGCUGCUGAUGCUGCUGGUCGACUGGCACCCACGGAUUACAGGUGCCAUGAGUAGCAUCAGUCCGUAUAUAAAGCAUUAUGAGGGCUUGUCAUACGACAGGGAGGAUCUUCACAGGAAGCACCUGAGAGCCAGGAGAGCCUCACAUCCUGAGGAACACACAUUACAGCUGGAUAUUACCGCUUUUAACAGAACUUUCCGUCUGCUUUUGAAACACAAUGCAGAAGCUUUUACCGAAAAUGUCAUGGUGUUCAGGAAAAAUGGUUCCACGCCGGCUGACCUCUCCCACUUAUACUCAGGAAAACUUGAGGGAGAACAUGGUUCAGCCUGCCAUGGCUCUGUGUUACAGGGUCAGUUUGAGGGAACCAUCCACACAGAGAACGGCACCUAUCAUAUAGAGCCAAUGGAUAGAUACACCAGCACCCACACAGACCACCACUCUAUCAUCUACCACGAGGACGACAUGGUCCUUCCUUCCAUGAGAACGGACGCUGAUGGUUUCUGUGGAGCAGAUCAUCUGAACGUCCUCGCCCAAAGACUCAGAACCGACGAGGAGGCGCCAGUGAGCCGGUCGAGGAGAACAGUGGAUGAGUCAAAGACCAGCUGCCUGAUGCACCUUCACGCUGAUCACCUUUACUACAAGAAGUUCAAGUCUGCAGAUGCUGUCGUGGCUCAGGUUGCGUCCUACAUUCGUGUUGUGAACGACAUCUACGACAAGGUGGACUUUGAUGGAAUCAAGCUGAUCAACUUCAAAGUGAAAUCCCUCAAAAUGAUGGCGGAGGAGGAUCAAAACGAUCCCAUGAACCAUCGGUUCAUCGGGCCUGAGAAGCUGCUGAGUCUGUACUCUGAGAACAACUGGGGCAACUACUGUCUGUCCUACCUGCUCACCAACAGAGACUACAGCGGGGUGCUGGGGCUCGCCUGGGAGGGCAAAGCUGGUAACUGGGGAGGAAUAUGUUCGCAGCAGACCACCCUGCGUAACGGCAGGAAAUCCACCCUGAACGCCGGUCUGGUCACCAUUCAGAACUACGGACAGUUUCUGCCUCCACGACACGUCCAGCAGACCUUCGCUCAUGAGCUCGGUCACAGCCUGGGAUCUCCGCACGAUGAGGGCUCAAACUGCGGUAACCUGGGCUCCAGCGGCGGUAAAGGCCGGUUCCUGAUGUUCCCUCACGCCACAGACGAGCUGCGUGAAAACAACGAGAAGUUCUCGCCCUGCAGCGUCAAACACAUCGCCAAGGUCCUGAAGCUGAAGAAGGACGACUGCUUCGUGGGUGAGGAUGGGAGGAAACACAUCAGACGGUGUCCACCUGCAUGUUGCAUGCUGAUCAGUGAUCAGCCCAUCUGUGGAAACCAGAUUGUGGAGGAAGGCGAGGAGUGUGAUGUCGGUCACAACGACACAGACCUCUGCUGCUUCAGCGCCAAACAGCCUGCGGGGGUGCAGUGCCGCCUGAAGAAGGGGAGGGUCUGCAGCCCGAGUCAGGGCCUGUGCUGCGGUCAGGACUGUGAGCUGAGGCCUGAGGGUCAGACCUGUGACGAGGAGACAGACUGUCAGAAAGACGCUCUGUGUUCGGGUCUCUCCCCGUUCUGCCCCGAGCCCAGCAGCAAGGAGAACCUCACCGUGUGCAGCGAGGGCACCAGAGUGUGUGUGAACGGGGUCUGUGCCGAGUCAGUGUGUGUGAAGCACCGCCUGCAGCAGUGCGACUGUCCGGGAGACUCCAUGAAGGAGAAAUGCCACAUGUGCUGCCAGCAGCCCGAUAAGCCAGAGACGUGUGCGAGCACCACCUCCUCCGUGCUGUCCCGUCUCUUCCAGAAAAAGGCGCUGGCGUUGGUGGGCGGCGCUCCGUGCUCCGAGAAUCGAGGAUACUGCGACAAAUUCCACUUUUGUCGCCUGCUGGAUGCAGAUGGACCAAUCGCACGACUCAAAAACUCCUUCCUCAAUUUAGAUGACUUCGAUGACAUAGCAGAGUGGAUGAAGGCUCAAUGGUGGGCCAUCCUGCUGGGGAUCCUCUCUCUGUCCGCAGUGAUGGGCUGCACCGUCUGCCUCUGCGGCCGCAAGCUGAACACCAGGGACCACCUGGAGUGACCUCUGACCUUUGACCCUCUGGGAACAUGAAUAUGUAUCUUCAUGACGAUGCACACAUUCAUCAUGCUCAAUCGUCUGGGGAUUCUGAAGUCUCUUGGCCACAUGGAAAGACUUCAACUUUGCUCCAGUGGCAGGGAGUGAUCUGCGGGCGACAGAGUGAACACCUGCUGAUCACCCCUCAUGCUGUUUUGUUAACCGAUACCUUUGUACGUCAUUAGGUGUCCGCCAUUCACUUUUCCAUCUGUCACUUGUCUGUUCACAUACCCACAAGUCACACGAAAAUGUGUCUGUUACUGUGGGUCAGUCGGCCCCCUUUUUCAGCCACAUGGCAUCUUACAGCCACAGCAGUUUAAAUCCACGUGUCCCUCAAAGACUGACGGGACUGCAGCGUCCUUGCUCUUGUAUUUGUUGUGCUAAUUUCCGCUUUCCAUUACAGUGAUACCUUUAGCCUGAAUGCUUUCAUUUGCAUUGCAUGUUUACACUAAAGGUAAUAAAACAACACGUUUGCCAUCCCAAAGCUGUUAUUAUCCUUUUAUGAUUUACAGUGAUGAUAAGGGACUUACGUAUUGUACUUUAAUACAAUUUGAAUGUACUUGCACUUAAUUUGAAUAUUAAUACUUAAUAUCAUUUUAAGCAGCUUAAACUUCUACUAAAUGUUGGUUCAAAGGAGA